AUGGCGUCUUACAGGUCAGGAAUUCCGUCGCUGACGCCACGCAUUAGUGAGCUUUAUGGUGCCAAUGGUAGUGCUUUUCGUGUAGGAGAAGCAGACUCUUACAUCCAAGAUCUAGACGAGCUCGAGUGCGAAGAGAAAGCGCUCGAAAAGACGGUACAGGAGUUGGUAAACCGCCGAGCGGCAGUACCCAUUGGUGUCAAAUUCCACCGUGAAGGAGCUUCCAGCACUAUGAUGCAACAGGAAACAAUACCAGGAUCCAAAGUGAUUCGAGGCAGUGAGGUGCCGAGAAACUCGGAGGUGACGUUAAUCACGUCAAGUUUAUCCGUAGAAGAAGAAGAGGAAGAAAUGGGCGAGGAAGAAGAAGAUAUGGACGAGGACGACGAGGAAGAUGAGGAAAUGACAGGGAGAGCGACAAUCGUACGAGGUGAGAGGCACCAAAGAAGUGAGGACUCAUUUGCACGCGAUAGUGAGUCGGCUGAUGAUUUGUUUGCAAGCGAUAGUGAGUCAGCUAAUGAUUUGUUUGCAAGCGAUAUUGAACCUGGCAAUGACUCGAUGGAUGUGGAAGAACGAAGUGACUGA